ACCUCGGACUCGGGCUCGGGCCCGGCGUCCGAACGCGGCGUUCCGGGCCAAGUGGACUUCUACUCCCGGUUCUCGCCGUCCCCGCUCUCCAUGAAGCAGUUCCUGGACUUCGGAUCAGUGGAUGCUUGUGAGAAGACCUCAUUUAUGUUUUUGCGGCAAGAGUUGCCUGUUAGAUUGGCAAAUAUAAUGAAAGAAAUAAGUCUCCUUCCGGAUAAUCUUCUCAGGACACCAUCUGUUCAACUGGUACAAAGCUGGUAUAUUCAGAGUCUCCAGGAACUUCUUGAUUUUAAGGACAAAAGUGCUGAUGAUGCUAAAGCUAUUUAUGACUUUACAGAUACUGUGAUACGGAUCAGGAACCGACACAAUGAUGUCAUUCCCACGAUGGCCCAGGGUGUGAUUGAAUACAAGGAGAGCUUCGGAGUGGAUCCUGUCACCAGCCAGAAUGUUCAGUACUUUUUGGAUCGAUUCUACAUGAGUCGCAUUUCAAUUAGAAUGUUACUCAAUCAGCACUCUUUAUUGUUUGGUGGAAAGAGCAAAGGAAGUCCCUCUCAUCGAAAACACAUUGGAAGCAUAAAUCCAAACUGCAAUGUUGUUGAAGUUAUUCAAGAUGGCUAUGAAAAUGCUAGACGUCUGUGUGAUUUGUAUUAUGUUAACUCUCCUGAACUGGAACUUGAGGAACUAAACGCAAAAUCACCAGGACAGCCAAUACAAGUGGUUUAUGUACCAUCCCAUCUCUAUCACAUGGUGUUUGAACUUUUCAAGAAUGCAAUGAGAGCAACUAUGGAACACCAUGCUGACAAAGGUGUUUACCCCCCUAUUCAAGUUCAUGUUACGCUGGGUAACGAGGAUUUGACUGUGAAGAUGAGUGACCGAGGAGGCGGUGUUCCUUUAAGAAAAAUUGACAGACUCUUCAACUACAUGUACUCAACUGCACCCCGGCCUCGUGUUGAGACUUCCCGAGCCGUGCCCCUGGCUGGUUUUGGUUAUGGCUUGCCGAUAUCGCGUCUGUACGCGCAGUACUUCCAAGGAGACCUAAAGCUGUAUUCCCUCGAGGGUUACGGGACAGACGCGGUUGUCUACAUUAAGGCUCUGUCCACAGAAUCAAUAGAAAGACUGCCAGUGUACAACAAGGCUGCCUGGAAGCACUACAACACCAACCAUGAGGCGGAUGACUGGUGCGUCCCCAGCAGGGAACCAAAAGACAUGACGACCUUCCGCAGUGCCUAGAUAUGCUUGGGACACCUGGCGAAUCUGAGUGUGGGUUUUCGUAUUAAAUUGGAAAGGGGUGGUGCGCAGAACUCCUUUAUACCAAAUGCUUCACGUGUCAUUUUCACACUUACCUGUUCGGGGAGAAUAAAUGGAAACCGAUCCCAUUUGUGCCUGUUAAACCU